CAUAACGAGUGUUAAUAUUAUUUCAUGUUACCGCGUUUAGAGUUCAGUUUUACGACAUGGUUUAUAGGCUGUUUUGGGUGUCUAGGUAUAGAAAAUUUAUUUAAUAGGAAGAUUAUCUCAGGAUUAAGCUUUGCAUUGAAGUCAUACGGAGUGCUUGUUUUGAACAAAAAAUAUUUAUAAUCAAAUGUAACAUUAAGCUUUUAAUAACAUGUAGUGCUUAAUAAAGAUUAUUACUCAAGAAACAGAAAAAGAAAGCACGGUCAGUGUUGCUACGAGUCUUUCGUGUGGAAAGCGUGUUAAACUUUGUGAACGGAGCAAGGUCUCUUAUAAAUGGAUACUUUAAUAUAUUUGGACUAGCAGAAUCUGUGAUUUACGAACCUAUCUUUCACAUCAAUAUCCGAUGUCAUAAACCAUCGUAACAGUCAUGUCAGUAGAGGUUGAUACCGGCGGUGCCGGUCCGACGGCGAAACUCGUCCGUAUGCAAGCUACACCUGAAUAUAUUCCAACGAUAAGCGGAAAUGUAAUAGUACACGGAAAACACUCCGCAAAAACUAAGAGCGAUGAUGACGGAGAGGGGCAAUUAAAUGCCAAGAAGCAAUGGGGGCGAAUAAAAAAUGUCGCUCAGAUUCAAAACGAAGCUCAAAGUGAAACGUUUUCAGACACAAGUGACGAGGAGUCGCCACGAAAGCCAGUUGGUAUCGCGGAUUUUCAGCGAACAGCUAAAUUAUUCAUUCAAUCGAAGAAAGUAAUCAAAAAGGUCAAAUCCCGAUAUAGCGGGAACGCUAUGAGAAAAUUCCUGGCGAGAAGUUCGUCUUCGCUUAAUUUAUCGGAAGUCGGAACUAAUUUAGACUCGGAAAUGUUUAAUAGUUUUAAUUUAACAGACAUGCAUUUUAGAAUGAGGAAAAAAAGACACCUAAAAUUGGCAGUCUUACAGCAGCAGUUCUUAAAUGAUUUACCAUCAUUGGCUGAAAUGUCAGUGAAAGAGCGUUUAACGCGUAAGAUUGAAUUGUUGGAAAAAAUAAAAAAUGCGGGAAAUGUAGACGAAAUUACUAUACGAGAAAAGGUGGAAAAUGAAAAACCUCCUGUAAAGAAUUUUUCUCGCCGACAGAGUCGUCUUCGAAAAAGUAUGGAUCAUUCGAAUUUUUCUGUUGAUGUAGAAAAGUGUUUGCCGGCCAUCAUUCAGAAACAAGACAGUACGGAAAACAUUGACCUAGAUAUGGGGAUUCCAGUUGCUGAUAUAGAAAGGGACUUGGCCCUAUUCCGGAGCCGGGAGAGAAUUGAAAGCGACCUUAACCUUCCUGAAGACCGACUAGCAAGGUUCGCAAUGCUUAAGUCUAAUGUUGAAAGAAUUAAUGCGAAAUUUAUUAGUUUUAAGAAAGGAAAUAAAACAGAAAAAGGAGGAAUGGCAGACGACAAAGCAAACGAAGAGAAACUGUAUUACGUCCCGUCUAGAUUUACUCAGAGCGGAAUGGCCAGGUCAUAUUUCAAGAAGUACGCCAGAUUAGUGCUGAUUGUUACUCAAUGGAUUAAUUUGAUCAUGAACAAGAAGUAUGACUUUGAGAAAGAACUUAAGUCGUUUGUGGACAUUGCUAAUGAAAUAGAAGACAAAGUGGUCAGCUCAACCAUGUCCGAGUUUGGUCUGUCAUUUGACAAGAAAUUCUUCAAGGCAAACAAAGAGAUAUCACUGAGUUCUGAAGUACGCAAGAUUUUGACGACGCGGUGGUGGUCGCGAACACCGAAAAUGAUUAAACAGGUCUUGAAUGGUUUACAGUAUUUAAGAUCUUUGUCUGAGUACCCGAUACAGACACAAGAAAAACUCUGCAAGGUGGCAUGGUACCAGACAAUCGGUCCAAAGAAGCUUAUUGUAAGACAAGGACACCAUGCGGAAUCCUUCUACUUUAUUCUAUCCGGAAUGGCCUUUGUGAAGAAAAUGAUCCAGGACCCAGUCACUGGCGAAACUAAGGCACAGGUUGCCGCCAGACUUACCAAAGGUCAUAGUUUCGGGUUUUCCUGGGAAGAUGGGGAAAUCGGUUUGCUGUUUGAUACCUUGCGAACGGCAACAGUGGAAAGUGCGACGCCUAUGGAGUUACUCGUUAUUGGCAAGGAAGAUUUUGUUCGAAUCUUCAUGAAGGCGGAAAACCCGGACGAUGAGCCAGAGCAUAUACAAUAUCUCAGAAAAAUACCGUUCAUGAAGGAGUGGCCGAUAGAUUUACUGAAACUAGAACCGGGAGCAUGUCUUACACAUUAUUUCAAACGUGGAAGUUUGAUCACAGAUAAUGACAGACAUAGCGAGUGGCUCUACAUUGUGAUGUCAGGUACCUGUGAAGUUCUAAAGAAGUUAAAAGCUGUAAGAGGUAGAAGUCUGAGCGAGAUGAGGCCAAAAUCUGACCCGAUGUCGGACAUUAUUUUACCAGAGCUAGGAAUGCCAAAUAACCAUGCGAAAAUCUACACAGGUAAAAGUCGUACCAAGAAAAGAACAAUACACCCACAGGUAUUUCAAGACAUGACUGAUUUCUACGAUUCUUUGAGACGGAGACUUCCAUCACGUGAGAAGCUACGUGCUUCCUACAGACCAACGUCAUGUGACGAUGACGUUUUUAAACAAAGUCAUACCGGAAAUGAUGAUGUGUUUGUGCAAGUUGAACUCCUGCAUCCAAGACAGUGUUUUGGUUUGAACACUUUGAGAUAUGUAAUGGAGGCUGACGAUGACGUGUUUGAUGUCGGAGCGGAUGAAACGCCGAUAUUAUCACUGGUAAGCAGGGGCGCAGAAGUGAUAAUGCUGUCAAAGAAAGUUUUCUUGAAGUAUGCGGAUCAGAGAUGCAAGAUACGGGUCCGGGAGCAGAUAAAGGUGUACCCAUCCGAGAAUGUCAUGCAGGACAACAUGCAGAGGGAAGCUGACUGGAGUCUCUACAAGGAGACACUAUUAAACCAGUACAUAGAGAAGAAACUAAAGCACGAAAAGCCCAGGUCAAAAUCAAACAUGUAUUAACAGCUACAGUUUCUGAGAAUUUUGUGACGUCACAUUCAUUUUCGAUGUAACAGCGUUUGUGUGAAGCAUAUCCAUUUAAUAUGUUUGUAUCACAGAACACUUGAUUUAUCAUCGUAUAGGUUUUUUUUAUCAACAUAUGACUUUAUUACCUCUC